AUGUCUCAAUAUGCCGGGUACAACUCGCCGAAGUCACCACCACCACACCGAGAUUGGCGGUCGAGCUCCCCGCAGAAGCCUUCACCUCUGCGACACACCCUCUCCACCAUCUCCCGCAACAGCGAGACGGAAAACACCUCCGAGCCAAGCCGACAAGGCACCAUCAACAGCCACUCGAGUUCGGCGUACAGCCACGGCAGCAACUACAGCGGCUAUGACUCGACCAGUGAUCCGUUCGUGACGCGACCGAGUGCCAAGCGGGAGCGCAGUGAGAGUCCAGUCAAGAAGAACGCGGCGUUUGCCAAGUGGGAACAGCGCGAACAACAGUCCGGGACCGAGUCACGGGACCAGCCAUCGCGGAGUCCGAGUAAAAUGGACGUGACUCCGCGACGGGUACGCGACGAUGAGUGGAAGUCCGGGGUGGGAAGGAGCGAAGACAGCGCGGUGGCAAACACACAGAAGACGGCGCGGGAGAUGGGAUCGCCUACAAAGGAGAAUGGGAAGCAGAAUCGGAAGCCGCUUCCUCAGCUACACAUGUCUGAUCAUAGUAUGCGACCGCCACCACGCCCACCUUCGCAUUAUCGUGGGCAGAGUCUGGAUACUACCUUGCCAUCUACCCCCGAUCACACGUUCACCACUAGUCCGCCUUCGGUCUCGACGAGGAAUAGUCUGGCUACACUCUCCAGAUCGGACUCGAUGCGCGCGAGUACAAGGCCAAGAGAGCGCGGUCAUUCACGAUUCAACUCCGUGGACAACAGUGUGGCUCAACUAGACGGCGAAGAUCUUGCGACUUUGCAAAAAUCAACCACCCCGCAACUCCGACAUCUUAGUAAGAUGGCUUCAGAAAACGGUGGUGGCGAGGACAUGGGCGUCCACUCCCCCGAAGAGCAAGUAGUCGGGCUAGCUGGAAGAAGAAAACUUCAACGCUCGGGACUCGUCAAGCCAAACAGCAAAGGCCAAUCGAACUUUUCCUCCCAAUUCGCCAGCACAAGAUGGAUGGAUACCCAGCGCAAACAUAUACAGGCCUACGAAUACCUCUGCCACAUCGGCGAAGCGCGUGCCUGGCUGGAAGACGUCCUGGAUCCCACCGAACUCCCCCCGAUCGUGCAGCUCGAGGAAGCACUCCGAGAUGGCGUCACCUUAGCCGAAGUCGUCGUCCGCCUCGCACCAUCCCUCCCACUCGACCAACAGCGCGGCGUAGGCGCCAUGCGCAUCUUCCACUCCACUCGCCUGCAAUUCAGACAUUCGGACAACAUAGCCAUGUUCUUCCGCUUCCUGGCUGAGAUCGAACUCCCCGAACUCUUCCGCUUCGAGCUGGUGGAUCUGUACGAGAAGAAGAAUAUCCCCAAGGUCAUCUACUGUAUCCACGCCCUGUCAUGGCUGCUGUACAGGAAAGGGGUGGUGGAUUUCCGGAUCGGGAAUUUGGUUGGGCAGUUGCAUUUCGAGGAACAUGAGCUUGAGGCUACGCAGAAGGGGAUUGAGCGGUCUGGGAUCGCUAUGCCAAAUUUUGGCGGCAUGAGGGAGGCGCUGCAGGUUGAGCCGGAGCCGGAGCCUAGUCCUGAGGAAUUGUUCGCCGAGCAAGAGGAGGUGUUGGUGGAUUUGCAGGCGCAGGCGAGGGGGGCGUUGAUGCGGUUGAGGUUGGGGGAGGUGAUGCAGGAUUUGUGGGAUGCCGAGGACGCUGUUGCGCAACUUCAGGCGCAUGCCAGGGGUGGGUUCGCAAGGGAGGUGUUUGCGUUCAAGUUCGGGAUGGAGCACUCGACGAGAGCUUUCCAGGCUGCGGCGAAGGGGUUUCUGGUUAGGAGGAAACAGCACCGCAAGCAACGGGCUUGGAGGGAGAAUCACGCUGCUGUGGUCAAGGUCCAGAGCUUGUGGCGCGGAAGACAGGACAGGGCCGAGAUGAGACAGAUCAGGACUCAGCUGCAGCGACAACGACAUGGGCUCAAGGAUCUGCAGGCGGCUAUCCGCGGUGCUCUGGGAAGAUGGAGAGCCAGUGAUGUCUGGCAGGAGACGCAGGAAGCUGGGACCGAAGUCGAGGCUUUCCAGGCUCAGGCGAGGGGUGCGCUGGAGCGGCUACGGGUCGGUAGGAUCAUGAAUCGGCUUUGGGAUGUGGAGGAUUCGAUUCUGGAGCUGCAGGCCUGCUUCCGUGGCUCGCGCGUCCGCCGGCAAGGUCGACAACAGCAGGUGGCUGCCAAGCAGGCUAGUGUUGAUAUCGUGCGCUUGCAGGCUGCGGCAAGGGGUCUUGUGCAGAGGAGGGAGAUCCAACGGCGUCAUGGUCAGUUCAAGAUUCAUGAGGGUGCUGUCAUGGAUGCGCAGGCUGCGGCUAGGGGUCUGCUCACGAGGCUACGACAGGCGAGGACGAAGGGUGCGCUGCAAGGACGCGAGAGCGGCAUUGUCAAGGUACAGGCGCUGCUGAGGGCGAAUCUGGCAAGGCAUUGUGUGAGGGUGCAGAAGGCUGAGCUCUUGACUUCGUCGUCGAAUCUGCCGUCUUUGCAGUCUCUGGCGCGUGGAAACAUGCGACGGCGGCGAUUGAGUCAGUUGCGAGAGGACCUCAAGCAGCAUGAUGCCCAAGUCCUGCAUCUUCAGUCCCUGGCCCGCGCUAUGCUUCAGCGAAGAGAUAUCGGUACCAAGCUCGCCGCACUCGAGGACCAGGAGACGGAGAUCACGACUUUGCAAUCCCUGGCACGGGCAUACAUGCACCGCCAACGUAUCUUCGACCAGCUCGUUGCUAUGGAGAAGGAGGAGGAAAGUAUCACCCACCUCCAAGCUCUAGCUCGUGCGAUGCUCCUACGCUCCCACAUCGGAACUCUCCUCUCCGAGCUCGAGGACCACGAGAACGAGGUCAUGGCCUUCCAAUCCGCCGCCCGCGCUUUCAUGGUCCGCGCCGCCUUCGCGCAGAAGCAGAAGCAUUAUCGGGAGAACAUGCAGAAGGUGAUCAAACUUCAAUCCUUCGUGCGCGCCAAACAGCAAGGCGAGAGUUAUAAGAGCCUGGUCAACGGCAAGAACCCUCCCCUGCCGGUUGUGAGAAGGCAUCUACAUCUCCUCACGGACAACAAUCUCGACUUCGAGGGUGAACUGGAAGCCGAGAGGUUAAGACGUCAGGUCGUGGAGAGUGUACGCCGGAAUGAGUUGGUGGAGGGGUAUGUGGAGGGUUUGGACGUGAAGAUUGCCUUGUUGGUCAAGAAUAAAAUCACCCUUGAUGAAGUGGUGAAGCACCAGAAACAUUUUGGCGGGUCGGCGAGUCAGUUGCUGCGACAGGGGUCGACGUUGGGGAGUGCGAGUGGAGUUGAUCUCAAGGCUCUUAAUAAGUCGAGCAGGAAGAAGUUGACUGGGUAUGAGGAACUUUUCUUCAUGCUGCAGACGCAGCCGCUUUACUUGGCGAGGCUUUUCCAGGCUAUUACUGCUAGGGGCUUGGCGGAGAAGGAGGCGAAGGGUGCGGAGAGAUUGGUGUUCACGCUUUUUGGGAACGCGUUGAAGAGUCGGGAGGAGUUUCUUUUGCUUAAGGUGAUGGUGCAGGGAGUGGGGUUGAUGGUGGAGGGGGUCAAGGGGUUGGAUGAGUUGGUUAGGGUGCAGCAGGGGGGGUUUCAACAGAGGUUGGUGUUGGCUUAUUUGCGGAAUCCGGGGUAUCGGUCUUAUCUCAAGGGUUUGCUGGGGGGCAUGGUGAGGGAGGGGAUUUGUGCGGAGGAGCAUUUGGAUCUGGAGAGUGACCCGUUGAUGAUCUAUCGCGCCCUCAUCAAUAAUGAGGAAUUGUCUACUGGACAGCCUUCGAGGAGACCCCGGGAUUUGCCCCGCGAGCAGGCGAUUAGAGAAGGCGAUGUCCGCCCGACUUAUGUCCAGCAUCUCCAGGAUCUACGAGAUAUCUGUGAUGGCUUCUUUUUGAGUCUGGAGGAGACGCUGCAUCGGAUGCCCUUUGGAAUCCGCUAUCUGGCGUCUGAGCAGUACCGAAUGCUGGGCCUGCGGUUUCCGCAUGAGGACCCGGGACACCUUGCUAUGCUGGCUGGACAAUGGUUGUGGAAGUCCUACCUCCUUCCUGCUCUGCGGGAGCCAGAGAUGUGGGGCGUUGUGGAUCGGGGCUUGAAUCCCGUGCAUAAGAGGAAUUUGGGACAGGUGGUCGUUGUGUUGGGCCAGGUUGCGCAGGGGCGGUUGUUCGGGACGGAGAAUCUGUAUCUUCAGCCGUUGAAUAAUUGGGUCACCGAGUCCUUGGAUCGAUGGCACGAGGCGCUGUUGCAGGUCUUCGAUUUGCCGCCUGCCGAGGAGUUCUUCGACGCCGAUCAGUACUCUGAUUUGUAUUCCCGGACGAAGCCGACGUUGUAUAUCAAGCUCGGGGAUAUCUUCGCCUUGCAUUCCCUGGUCUCGGAGAACUUGGCGGCGGUGGCGCCGGGCAGGGAUGAUGCGAUUAAAGAGCUUCUGACGGAUCUGGGCAGCGCGAAGAGCAAUGCGAGCGAUCUUAGUGGGGCGAGUAAUGGCGGGGAGAUCACGCUGACGCUGAAGUCGAGAUUCUCGAUUCAGGAGGAUCCUAAUGCGGAGGCUAGGGCGCUGUUUAUGGCGACGAAGAGGUUGGUGCUUUAUAUUAUCCGGGUGCAGACGGGGAGUUCCUUGAUGGAGAUUUUGCUGAGGCCGAUCACGCAUGAGGAUGCUGACAAGUGGAUUGAGGUUGUUAGGGAGGAGGUGGCGGAGAAGGAGAGGGAUCAUCAGGGUGGUGGGGGUGGACGACAUCAUCAUAAGCGAGGGAGUUCGAGUCCAGCUUUCGACCCGCGAGCGAGUUUGAGGGGCGCGAGGGCGCAUUCGGUCUACUCUGAAGCUCCUUCCGCUUAUUCGGAGGAUCGGAGGGAUCUGCCACAGGAUCUGGAGAGUAUGACUUAUGCGGAACUCAAACACGGCGCUUUGGAGAACAUUCUGGCGCUGGAGCAAUCGCAUAUCCCGGCCCAGUUCCGGGUGAGCCGGCAUAAUGCUUACCAGGACCUACUCAAUGCCUUGGCGGCGGACAUUCGGCAGAAACAUCGACGCCGCAUGGAUCGGUCGAGGGAGGUGGAGGGUACACGGGCCACGCUGGCGGGUUUGGACGAUAAGGCGCAUUUCCUCGAGGAGCAGUUGAAGAGUUAUAACGAUUACAUCGAACAAUGUCUCCACACCCUCGCCAACAAAAAGGGCACGAAGAGCAAGUUCGUCCUGCCUUUCACCAAACAAUGGUCGCACGAACGCGAACUCGAAAAGGCAGGUCGUCAACCCAAGUUCGGUUCUUACAAGUACUCUGCUCGGCAGUUAGCGGAUAAGGGUGUCCUGCUCUCCUGGCCUGCGUACGCGCCGGAGCAUUGGGGCCAGGUGAACAUCGUCAUCUCCUCCGAUGAAGUGGGCGUGUUUCAUUUCGAGGCUAGUGAGGGGUCUAUGAUGGUGCCGGGCGGGAGUGCGAAUUUGUUGUUGGAUGAUUUGUUGCAGGCACAGUAUGAUGGCCGGGAUCGCAUAGGGAUUUUUGAGGGGAUGGAGGGGGGGCAGGGGGCCAAGGUUGGGGUCAAUUUGUUGUUGCAUUUGCUUUUUAAGAAGUUUUAUCGGGAUGACUGA